AUGCGCUCACUAUCAGCGCUGGCCUUGGGCCUUGCCCUCUUUGACCUUUCCACAGCUCGCGCUACCACCGGACCAGUGCAGGAACUUGAAGAGCAACCUAACACUGGCCUUGUCGGCUGGAUUAGUCGUCUCUUCAAGAAGGACAUCGAACAGCGUGCGGCUCUCGACAGAUGUGUUGUCGACUCUUACUACCACUUCGUCUACAACUCGACCUUCGGCGGCAACUUCUGCCGAGCUUUGAUAGACUACCCGAAUGUUACCGUUGUUGAGGACUUUCAACCAGUCACCACCGUCACCACAGUAUUCUCCAUUCAGUCAGGGGUCCAACGCACGACCAUCCGUACAAGACCUGUUGUUACGGUCACAGUCACCGCUCUUGCAAGUCCUGUAUCCAAACGCGACAUUGUACCAGACGGUCUCGUCGGCAAUGGCUUUCUAGCUUAUAGACAAGCGGCAGAAGCAGACGGUAAUCCUGUUCCAGGAGAUGCUGUCAUGUCAGCGGCUUUCGUCAGCGCUUGCGGCUGCCAGUCAUACGCUGGCUCUACCGUCAGGUCUACAAGGACUCUCGAGCCUCUGGUAGAGACAGUCUCCGCGUUUGACCGGACGACCACGACAGUCGCCACCACUAUUACUGAGCCAACCAGUACAGUGUACAUGACAGUACCGGCAGCGCAAUCACCACCCGUCAACGAGGAGCCGGCCGCAAGCGCGGAGCCCGCUGAUGCUCCCUCGACUGGCGGUUCUCCAACUUCUGCAGCUGAACCUGCUGAUCCAACUGCGCCUGCCUUCAGCUGUCCCGAGGACGAUAAGAGUAUUGUCAACCAGCUGGUCGGCUCGCUCCGCUACGACUACCUGAUUCUUUGCGAUACCGAUCUCACUGGUGGCGACGUCUACGAUCAGCUAUCGUACGGUACUUAUCCGGAAUGCGCUGCCGCCUGUUCUGUGGGUGACACGGCCCUUGGUCAGCCCAUCUGCGAAGGCUUCGUGUUCUACGACGCACGGGAAAGCAACAACUGUUUCUUGAAAAAUACUACUGGUAGCACUGUACCAGCUCCAGGUGUCGAUAGUGGUCUCCUGCAAGCAGUCGCCCAAGGCAUUUCUGAGUCCAACCCUGAUGGUGUCACCACAGAAAAACCCCCCUUCCUGGAAAGUGCAACAAUACCAGCUUCCGAGCUCAGCUCCUCUCUUGCCUCGAUACUCUCCAAUAGCUCAACGUCUAUUGCCGUGAUCACUCCUGGUCCUUCGCUAGUGCUGAGCGGUCGUCUGCCGGCGGCUGCUGGUGCCACGUACUACUCCACGUAUGUAUCGGGCGGGUCGACCUUCAGCACCGCCACAGCCUAUUCCACAUACCAGAGCACGAAUGGUUCGUGGUAUUACACUUUCUAUACCUCCUUCAGUCAGGCGUGGACUUCGGCCACGACGGUAUACGCUAGCUCAGAAACCAGCACGGCGAUUAGCAACUCUACCAACGUUGGCACAACUAUCGAGACCGGCAACAAUGGGGAGUACUAUGUUAUCAGCACCACCAAUACGACCUAUCAUUACCCAGGAGGCUAUAACGUCACUGAGAUCAUCGGCAACGCAACUUACGAUGCUAACAAUACUCAAAUCUCAUCUACCGCAACCACAUACUACUUCACGUUUGAGACAGGCGGCGCCGGAGGCGGGAGUGGCGGGGGCAAUGUUGGCAGCGGUGCUGGCGUUAUUACUUCCACAUUUCCGGCCUCAACGUCCACUUCGCUGUCAUCCGGUGUCAGCAUCGUUGUCAUCAAUGGCGAGACUCAGUUCAUCACCUAUGGCGGCGGCUCCGGCAUUACUCAACAGACGCCUGCACCUGUCACACCGCAGCCAUUGGUCAUCACCAACACCUAUGGUACCGCAGGGAGCUCUGGCUACAUCGUGUCGGGCAUCAACGGACAGGGCUCUGGAGGUGGUGCAGGCGGUGCUAAUGGCACCGGAGCGUCUGGAAAUGCAUCACCUACGCCCAUCUCCUCAACUGUCGUGUCUGGAGCGACCUCGGGAGAAAGUGGGACUGCUCUUUCGGGCGUUGUAUCAAGCGCGCCAUUAACCCCAAUCUCUUCGACCAUUGUAUCUGGAGCAACAUCAGGAGAAAGCGGGACAGCUCUUUCGGGUGCUGUAUCAAGCGCACCAAUGACUCCGAUCUCGUCGACCAUUGGGUCUACCGGAAUCAGCGGUGAAAGCUCGACUGAAGGCUCGGGGUCCAUUCCACCGUUCUCCAACUCGAUCAACUCACGAUCCGGCACCCUGCCUCCCUCAACAGUGUCAGCUCUCACACCAAUAUCAUCAACCGUUUUCUCGACUGGAACCGGUGGCGUCAGCUCCACUGGCGGUCAGGGCAGUAUUCCUAGCUCGGGCUUCGCACCGUCUUCUGGUCUGACACCUCCUUCACCCUACUCGUCCAGCAUAUUUUCAACAGGCACCAGCGGUGCCAGCUCCACACUCGCUUCGGGUGUCGUACCAUCUUUAGGCACGAUCGGCAGUACUGGAUCGCUUCCGUCCGGCACUGGACCAUCCCCAAUCUCUUCGGCGGUGACAUCUUCUGGCACAAGCGGAGCUAGCUCGACUGAAGCCUCUGGUGCAUCCCCAUCGUCAGGUUCUCCAUUCACCAACUCAAUCGACUCCCGAUCGGGUAGUCUGCCACCAUCAUCAGGACUGCCAUCGCCUGGAAGUGUCGCACUAGGCACUGGUCCAACCUCGUAUCCGAGCAGCGCACCCUUCACCAAUUCGAUCAAUUCUAGGAGUGGCACUAUACCACCGUCAUCAGGAGUGCCACCUACUGGAAGCAUUCCAUUGAGCACAGGUCCUUCUUCGUACCCAAGCAGCGCAUCGUUCACAAACUCUAACAACUCCACAUCUGGCACGUUUCCCCCUGCGUCCGGACUUGUGCCCACCAGCUCUCCCUCCAGUGGCGUGCCCUUCACCAACUCCUUGAACUCUCGAUCGGGCUCUCUUGCGCCAUCAAGCGCACCAUCUGGAACCGGGUUUGGCCCAUCUUCUAGCUGGGGUACUGGCUCAAGCUUCUUCUCGACUGGCUUCACCGCACCAUAUGUCACUGGCUCAACGCUCUCCGCACCACCCGAAGAGUUCACUCAGUUCAUCGUAUACUCGGUGCCAAGCAACUAUGGACCACCAGAGAGUCUUCCCGGAACAGGCUCUUCGGGUGUCCCAUUCACAAACUCUCUCAACUCUCGAUCGGGAUCGCUCCCUCCAUCCGGUACUGCCCCAUCAACCGCAAGCCUCCCCAUAGGUACAGGUUCUGUACCAGCUUCAGGGUCCGCGCCACCAUCGACAGGCUCAGUACCCACAGGAAGUGUCCCUCUAAGCACAGCACCAAGCUCACCUUCGAGCGGCGUGCCUUUCACCAACUCCAUCAACAGCCGGUCUGGUACCCGCUCAACACCCAGCGGCACCGCUCCCGCCUCAUCCCCAGCAACGACAUUCCCGCCCUACCCAACAGCGGCGACAAGCUGUGUGACCAGCAUCCUGGGCACAACCACGAUCUUCGUGACCGAGACUGCAUAUGGCUGUUACUCGAACUGUGUGCCCGGUGGUGGAUACGGCAACAAUGUGAACACUUUUGGACCACCUUCGUUUGGUGGCGGUGGCCAAGGAAGCGGACGAGGUCCCUACUAG